AUGAUUCUUAAGAACACGAGAAGAAUCCAUCUCCAUCGAUCAGUUUCCGAAGAUGAUCACAUCAACUUCCCUUUCUUCUUCUCGAUCUUCUUCACAGUUUUCUUCAUUGCACGAAGCUCUCGAAUCGCCGAUGUUCAUUCGUCGACAAAACACGUCGCCUUGUUCGUAUUCGGCGAUUCCUUUUUCGAUUCUGGAAACAACAAUUUCCUCAACACCACCAGGGGGUACCGCGCCAAUUUCAUGCCCUACGGCGAGACUUUCUUCAAAUAUCCGACCGGAAGAUUUUCCAAUGGCGGUCUCGUGCCAGAUUUCAUCGCGGACUAUGCGAAUCUGCCAUUGAUUCUGUCGUAUUUAGAUCCUCGCACCAAACGCUACAACUACGGCGUGAAUUUUGCAUCCGGUGGAGGCGGCGUUUUAGUCGAAACUCACCGAGGAUUCGUCAUAGACCUUGGAACUCAGCUCAGGAACUUCAAGAAGGUGGAAAGAUCGAUUAGGAAGAAGCUCGGAAGAUCCAGAGCCCGUAGAUUGCUUUCGAACUCUGUUUAUCUGUUUGGUAUCGGAGGAAACGAUUACAUCGUUCCUUUUGAAGGCUCCCCUGUUCUUAAGAAGUACACCAAAACAGAGUACGUGAAUAUGGUGCUCGGAAACGCCACCAAGGUGCUCGAAGAAAUAUACAAGAAAGGAGGAAGAAAAUUUGUGGUUGCAGCGGUGGCUCCUAUAGGUUGUAUGCCAAACACGAGACUGAAGACAGGGAGGCAGCAUGGAAGGUGUUGGGAUGAGCCAUCGGCGCUUGCAAGGCUCCACAAUCAGCUUCUUCUUCCUAUUGCUCUGCAGAAGCUUGCUAACAAACUCAAAGGAUUCAAAUACACCGUUGCUGAUACCUAUACUGUGCUUCAAAACAGAAUAGACAACCCUUCAAAAUAUGGUAACCCCCCAACAAUAUUCUUCAUGUUUCUUAAAUUCUCUUUGAUUUUUAGUAUAUUGGUAAGGUAAGGCAGAAAGUGACAGCAUAUAUUUUUUGAUUUUGUGCUUAAAACAGUGUCCAUAAAAAGAAAUGACAGAGUAGAAAGUAGGAGAAAAAACUAAACUAUCCCGAUGAGAGCUUUCGUGUCAUUAGCGAAUGGUUAUGGUUAAAUAUAGUAGACUCCUUUUUGUCUCUCUCACGUAAAGAGGGUUCAUGUUGUCUUGGGAACUGUUUGUAGAAUAAAGUCUCCUAAACACCUCAUUCGGUAAGCUGGGAUCGAAAAGAAGUAGGUAAUGUGUAACGGCCCAAGCCUACUACUAACGCACAUUGUCCUCAUGUUGUCUUGGGAACUGGUAUUCUUGUUCAUUGUAGAAUAAAGUCUCCUAAACACAUUAUUCUCGGUGAGUUAAAAUUGAAAAGAAGUAGGUAAUGUGUAACGACCGAAGCCCAUUACUAACGGAUAUUGUCCUCUUCCCUUUUGGGCUUCCUCUAAAUGUCUUUAAAACACGUGAGAGGUUUUUGUUGAGGAUUUUUGGGAGGGAGUCUCCUAAACAACUCAUUCAGUAAGUUAGGAUUGAAAAGAAGUAGGUUUUUUAAACG